AUGGACAGCAUUUUGAAAGCCAAGCCAAUUGAACGAGCCACUAUAUCAUCUAUCAAACGAACUGAUACUGAUGCUUGCCGGGAACCUGAGACCUUUGCAAAUUGCUUGACCCCCUUUCCCUAUAUUCGCGAUGUCGCAUCUUAUCAACCAUUGGCAAUAAUUUGGGCGGCUGAUCACGGAAAUGAGAAUACAGCUCGAAAAUCACUGCAAGCAGGAUCCGAGUUUGGCUACUACUCUUCAAACGCCGUUGUGUUUGGCGGUGGAAAUGGUAACGAUGCAGUCUUCAAGUAUGUCUCGCUUAUUUUGACACUGCUGACCUAA